AUGGCCACCAUCCCAAACCAAUCACACUCCUCUGACAUGCAAGUGUUCAUAGAUCAACUGGGGGGACAUGGGAAGCUGUUGCGGAGCAACGAUGGAUCUGUCUUAAUAAAACCAAGUAUAGGGUUUGAAAAAGCAUUCUAUGAACAAAGCAUACUGCAACCUGAUUUCGCCGCUUGGCUGCCAAAAUACUAUGGAAGUCUUCAAUUACACCAAGCCCAAGAUGAAAACCCCACGCUUGCCGUUGCCAUAUGUCUCGAGAACAUUACACAUAACUUUAGUAAGCCCUGUGUGCUUGAUCUGAAACUCGGGACUCGUCUAUACCUCGACACCGAAAGUGAUGCAAAGAAACAAAAAAUGAUUCGAAAGGCCGAGAUUUCUACUUCUAAAAAUCUUGGGAUACGCUUAGUAGCAUUUCGGGUCUACAAAGAAGCUACAGACGCUUAUAUCCUGUAUGAUCGUGAAUAUGGUUACACUUUGACUGAUGACACUGUUCUUACAGGCUUUAAGAAUUACUUUGACGCUGAUAUUCCACCGCAUUUGCAUCAAUUGAUAAUUAAACGUUUUCUUAAAAACCUCACUGAUUUUGCAAAUGUACUAGAAAAAACCGAGCUGAGAAUGUAUAGCGCUUCGUUACUGUUCGUUUAUGAGGGUAGUCGUGAAGCGUUAGAGAAAGCUCUUGCCAGAGAGGAGGAUGAACUGAAGAAAAGCGGAGAUGAUGAUGCGGAUGAAGAUGCAUCAUCAUGUAAACCGACUGAUAUGAGAAUGAUAGACUUUGCUCAUUCAUAUUUUGCCAAAGGAAUAGGGAAAGAUGAAGGAUGCUUAUUGGGUGUCAUGAACACUAUCAAGUAUUUGACGAUGCUGCUUGACGAUGAGAAAUAG